AUGAAUUAUGUCACAUUUCGGCGUACGUUUAGAGGCAUGCCUCAACGGCAGCCUGGAGCUCAGGUUCAAUCUGGCAACGAUGAAACUACAAUCGUGCUUGCUUUUCCGCAAUACAACCAGCAACACCUUAUCAAAAUGCAAAGACCUAUGCAUACUUACCAGUGGAUCACUUUGGAUUUGAGUUUAUCAUUCAUACCGAUUUCAUCUCGACUGCAAAUCGAGAAGAUGUGGAUAACCGAACAUGGAAUGAAUCCCUCCAAACCCGUUUGCCAGAAGCGCUCUGCUUUGCCUUUGAACGGCUGGCAGCAUCGACGAACCCUCGUAUGA